AUGCGCCACGACUCUGCUGAAUAUGUCAAAAGAUGUGAUCGUUGCCAACGAUACAAGCCGAUCCCUAAUCUGCCUGCCGAAGUUUACCAUCCGCAAAACAGUCCAUUCAUGCAAUGGGCCAUCGACUUAGUGGGUCCCUUGCCACCGGCGCCUGCCAAGAAAGAAAUGAUGAUCGUCGCCACCGACUACUUUACUAAAUGGAUCGAGGCCGAAGCUCUAUCCUCUACUAAAGAAGCCGAUGUGGACGUCCUUCGGGAGACGCAGGGCAACGACCAGAAGUGUCCUUUGGGAGACGCAGCCCAUAAAAAGCGUCCUAAGGGAGACGCAGGGUGCGCCAGGAAUUUCCUAAGGGAGGAGCGUCCUAAGGGAGACGCAGGGCGACGACUAAAAGCGUCCGUUUGGAGACGCAGCCCACUAAAAAAGCGUCCUAAGGGAGACGCAGGGUGCGCCAGGAAUUUCUUAAAAGGAGGUCUCCAUGCCUCCUGCGGGAAGUAUCCAGGUUCCUAUCCGUUUCCUAAGGGAGGCAGGAUAGUCAUACAGUUGCCCAUAAAGAGCGUCCUAAGGGAGACGCAGGGCGACGACUAA